CAAGCUCACAAGGCCCGAAUCCAUACAGGACCCCUUAAGACAUUCUAGAUGCAAAUGUAGAAGGUCUCAGUCUCUAUCCGGGAUGGCCGCCCACAUGUCACAGGCACACGCUAGAAAAGGAGCCUUUAUAAUGUUUUGUUCCUGAUGAAAGAGUCUCGCGACCCCUGGUCAUUCUCGACAAUUCCCAUUGGUGUUUUGUUUGUUCCCCUCUCAAUGCUUUCAUGCGCCCGACCAUAAAUAUCCCCUAUUUAAAUACAAGGGCGCUCUGCAACAAUAUUAUGGUGUCGCGAUAGAUCCAGAUCUAGUCGAGAUCUUCAUUCAUUGUUCGAUUCUAUAUAUACUUACCUAGUGUUGAUCACUAUACAAAUUCAGUUCUUCCUUAAACCAUUUUUACCUACAGAGACUAUCACAGAAAUGCGCAAUAAUAUCCUUAUCUCAGCCCUUGCCGUCGCGGCGGGGUCUCUCGCAGCAGACUGUAAUGGUCAUGCUGAGCUCUGCGACCGGCAGUAUAGCAAGGUCACCUUCGUGGGGGCGCACAACUCGCCUUUUGUUGGGGUUGGCCCAGCAGACAAUCAGUUAACCGACCCGACGGAACAACUAGACCUAGGUGUACGAUUCCUUCAGGCGCAGACCCAAGAAAAGGACGGAUCGCCCCAGAUGUGCCAUACCUCGUGCUUAUUAGAGGAUGCCGGCUCAUUACAAGACUAUCUGGGCCCUAUUAAAACUUGGAUCGAUGCUCACCCAAACGAAGUUGUAACGCUGCUUCUAACAAACCCCGAUGCGAUUGACAUCAACAAGUAUGGCGAUGUAUUCAAGUCGACUGGGCUGGAUAACUACGUCUUUACACCGGAUAAGACGUUCGGUCUAGAUGACUGGCCGACUCUGGGAGAUAUGAUCUCGAGCGGCAAGAGAGUCGUGGUAUUUAUGGAUUACAACAUGGAUACUUCCAAGGUCCCGUACAUUCUAGACGAGUUCGCCUACUACUUCGAGACUCCUUUUGAUCCGACAGAGGAUAUACUAAGUGGAUGCGGCGUUGAUAGGCCCUCGGGCGUUUCAGCUGACGGCCGGAUGUUCCUCGCCAACCAUAACCGGAAUGUUGAAGUCUUACCUGAUGUCUUAAUCCCGGAUCUGGUUGAGGCGCACAAUACGAACUCGGUAGAGUCUAUUACCGAGCAGACAGACACAUGCAAGAGUAGCUAUGGCCGCGUGCCCAACGUAGUCUUGCUUGAUUAUGUUAGCGUGGGGGACACAAUAAAAGCCCAGGACUUACUCAACGGGCUAUAGAUCUCUUAAGAAAGAUCUCUUAAGAAACGAGAUUUUAUGAGGCGAUACUUUAUCAUAACGAUGAUGACGACCUUUUAUUUUUGAGCGUUACCUAUUCCUAGUUCCUUGCAUGUUAAGAUGAUACCCAAUUAGUUGGUGGAUCAUUCAUGUCUGGGAUCAACGCAGACAACGUUAUGGUCUCCGUUAAUUUUCAUGUAUAUACUUGAGACUACAUUCUCUAAGAGAUGGAGUUGUCUGUUGAUUAGAAUAUUUUUGUUAUUGACAACCUAAGUUACAAUGAGUAUACCUAUGCGUAGUAGGUACAAAGCAUCGACGCCGAAUCAACCCAAUAAUCCUUUAUACUUUUACGUCUAUUCAUAAGUCCUUUGAGGCUUUGACUCUUAACAAUCAAGCAUUUGCUCCUAUGAAGUACUUUUAUAUCACAG